ACAACACGCGACGAUAACGGCGCCGGUAGCGGUGCCGUCGCGGGGGUUAGCGUUGUCGAUGCGAUGAGGCAAGGUUUGUUGGACCCGGCCACGGGCGAGGUCGUUGCCGAAAAUGGUGAGCGGAUCUCAAUUGAGGAGGCGUACUCGCGUGGCUAUCUUACAAAGGUGGACGUAACCGUUAGGGUGAGCCGCAACGCUGUCGCGCUAUCGGACGCGAUAUCGCAAGGUCUCGUGGACGACCGAUCCGGCCGCGUCGUCGAUAGGAUUACCGGUGAGUCAUAUCCGUUGGAUGAGGCGAUCGACAAAGGUAUUAUAGAUCCGAAGAUGAGAGAGAUUGUGGACACACGGAACGAUACCAAAGUGACGGUGGCUGAAGCCAUGAAGCGCGGUUUACUGAACGCCAAGAGCGGUAGAUACAUGCACGGCUUAUCGAUGGAGAAGCUGCCGUUUAAGGAAGCUCGUCGUCGGCAGUUGAUUGUUAAGCCGAUGACGCUCAAGGACUGUUGCGAUUUAGAAAUCAUUGACGACAAGGGCAAGAUCGUCAGUCCGGCUCAUCGCAGCAAAUUGACGAUACUAGAGGCUAUAUCCCGAGGCGUUUUAGACUCGGAGAAUGUCAAAUCUAUAGUAGAUACUCAAACAGGUGAAAUGAUCACGCUCGCGGAUGCCUUAGCCAACGGUAUAAUCAAAGUCGAAGGUACAUAUCGCGAUAUGCUAAAAGCUGAGGAGUUGUCUGUCCCUCAGGCCGUCGAGAAAGGCCUGAUUACGUCGGUGACACAAAAAACUAUCUUUGACAUUGACGGCUUUAAAGAUCCGGUUUCCGGCGAAUACAUCAGUCUGAAUGCGGCCUUGCUGAAGGGCUUGAUUAGCUCAAAGUCCGGCGGUACUUUUAUUAUUGAUCUGAAAACUGGGAAGACAGUUUCGUUGAGUGAGGCGGAAGAACAGGGAUACAUUAGACCGGAAGUGCUAGAAAUGCUGAAUCGUGGCAUCGGCAUCAUCGAGAACGGACGCGAAGUGAGCGUUUUGGAAGCCGUACUGCUCGGACUGCUUGAUCCAAAGUCCGGUCAAUUACUGGAUCCGCGUAGUAAGAGAAUAGUUCCUCUGGAGGAGGCAAUCAAGCGUGGACUCAUCACUCCCGAUGGUGCCGCAUUACUCACCAGUAUGCUGAACAUUGCGGUCACUACUCAAACUGUGACAAAGACCAUUAGGAAGUAUAUGACGACGCUGCAUACCGGCGAAGUUGUUACGAGGAAUUUUAAGAUAAGUUAUGAAGAAGCAUUGAACAGCGGAUUGAUUGACGAAGAUAGAAAUGAGUUUACAGAUCCUGAUUCGGGAAUGACGAUGUCUAUUGAAGAUGCUAUUGAACAGAGCUUGCUCGGUAGUGAUGUUCAUCAACCCGUCGUGCACUCAUCUCGAGAACGCACUUCAGAUUCAGCACAUACGACUUUUGAAAGCACUCUAACGACAAAUAUCGAUGACACAUCUAGAAGAAACGAGUCACUGCCUAGAGCAGUUGGAACGGUUACUACUAUCAUUACCAAAGAGAUAGCUCCACGAGCGUCUUCCACGCCGAGGAAGGAAUCGUCUUCCGUUAUGAUGACGAUUGCAUCAUCACCUGCAACUGAUUCUGUUUCUUUUGUGACAGAUUCACUCGCGUCUAAGAUUGGAAAAACAGCAUCACCCACGACAGUCAAUGAGGUAUCCAAAUCUCAGAUAUCUGAGAUAACAUCGAAAACAUCUUUCUUUGAGGAAACACAUAUAGCAAGUCAUACAGGUGCUUCUAAAUUACCAUUAUCUGAUGAGAAACAAGAUAUGGAAACAGAAGUAAUCGCUUCAACUACACCAACUACAAGCCACAAAUCGGAGAUCAUGAAAUUUAUAAAGAGCGAACGUGCUUUUACCGAUAAACGGGUAUUUGAAUUACCCACGGAUGGUUGGACACUCGCCGAAGCUAUUGACAGAAAACUAUUUGAUCCUGCAACAGGUCUUUUUAUAAUUCCGGGCACUGAUAGAUUAGUUUCCUUUGAAGAAUGCAUUAAGCUACAAAUCAUCAAUCCAAAUUCUGGUUUUGUUAUCGAUCCCAACAAUGGAAGAAAGGUAUCCCUGGUACGAAGUUUGGAAAAAAAUAUUUUGGAUUCUACGGGUCACUAUAGUUACCCGCAAAAAAUUUCCAUGAGAGAAGCGAUCGCGAAUGGACUGAUUAUAUUGGAAGACGAAUUGAGUGCCGACAAUGACAAUGCUAAUCAAAGACUUUUGCAGAUCACGAGAGUUUCGGGUCAACCUGACAUAGUAGAGUUGACGCAUAUUGGCGAUCCUUCUCAGCAAACAGAAAUAAAGAUCAGCGAUGAGAUCUCUAUGCCAGAUCCGGUACAGGUCACUCAGGGAGUAAUUUACGAUCCAGGAACGGCUUUGGUGAUCUCCACGAAAACCGGCAAAUCUGCGAAUCUUUUGGCUGCGGUCUCCGAAGGAACGAUACCAUCUACCGCUGUAAUUGUCAAGGAUCCAAUAACAGGUAAAGAUAUUAGCAUGGCGGAUGCUGUCAAUCGUGGUAUUCUUGACAUGAACACGCGCGAAUACAAAAUCGACGGUGGCAGAAAGAUAUCGCUGCUCGAUGCGACAAAGUUUGGGGUAGUAUCCGUUCUUGGCGCUCCUCUUGCGGCCACUGCGGCUGCUAUAGAAGCGGUGCAGAAAACGAUGGUUAAAGAUCCAGUAACCGGUAAGAAAAUACCAAGAGAAGUCGCUAUUGAACGUGGUAUCAUUCCAAUGCAUGACAACGCAACUUCGCCGAUUAUUGAAUUUACAAGUAGAACACCUGAUAAUGAAACAGAAAAAGUUGUCGCGCAAGUUAUAAUACACGAUGAACCUGAAAAAGUUUAUGUACCGAAGGAAGAUAGUAAGAGCGCAGCAUUUACUGACUCGUCAACAUCCAUCAACGAUGUUCCAGAUGGCGAGAGUCUGGGCACAAAAACCAGAGCGCGAGUGACAGUCGAACCGAGAUAUCAAGUUACAAUUGGCAAAGCGAGAACUAUAUCGCAGAGUCCUGAGCGGGAGGCGAAGCCUAUUGUUCUCCAAAAGAUGCGAAAGAAGAUAGUGAAGGUCGAAGAGGCAGUGCAAAGCGGUCUGAUUGAUGUGGAAACGGCGGAUACCUUUGCGAAAAAAAUGUGCAACGAGAAAGGAGAACCGAUUACCCUUUUGGAGGCUAUCCGUGACAAUCGAAUAAACGCCGAUCAGGGACAGAUUGUGGAUCCUCAAAGAGGCGACGUGCUCACCAUCAAACAAGCCGUCGAUCGCGGAAUCUUGGAUCCGGAGAACGCGCACAUACUAGUGCCAUUGGCGAAGAGUCUGUCCGUGCAUAGCUUGUAUACACAAGGAUUGCUAGAUCCUUUGGAAGGUAAAAUUGUUCAUCCGGAAACCGGUGCGCAUCUCACUCUCAACGAAGCUAUAGUAUGCGAAAUAGUAGAUCCAUUAUCCAACUUAAUGUUUACCGUCGACGGUCGUACAGAAACAUUGCAAUCUGCCAUUGCGAACGAUACCAUUGACGCAGAUAGAUUGUUGGUAAAGACGCAAGACGGUAGCGUGAAUCUAGUUAAAGCGAUAGAAAACAAGGUAUUCGAGUUGAAAGAACCAAUCGAAUCUUCCGAUAUACCGCCGGCAGGGAUGACAUUCCCUGUCGCUUUAAAACGUGGAUUGAUAGACACGAGCAAAAAAGAAGUUCGUCAUCCGAUUACUGGGGAGCAUCUACCACUGGAGGAUGCUAUAAAAGGAGAUUUUAUCAUGGCUUUACCUUAUCCAAUGGCUCCUGAUAGUAUAGAAAUAACAAAAGCUCUGGAAUCAGGAUUGAUCGAUAGGGAUAACGCUAUAUUUUUCCAUCCUACUACGGGAACUCCAAUUCCCAUCGUCGAGGCUGUUGAAUCUGGUCUGCUCAUCAUCAAACCGCCGGACCGCGGUGAGAACACGAUAGCUGCUAUUACCGAGACGAUUACGUCGUAUCAUACUAUUACGACCAAAACUGUCGAACUUUUGCCAGGUUAUGCGCUGAAAAGCGCAAUGGAGGUGCAAGAUAUUAACACCGGAAAUAUUAUUACUAUCGAAGAAGCUCGACGAAGAGGUAUUAUUAAGGACGAAUCGGUAAGCAAGGAGAAAUUUACAACGAAAGACAUUAAAAUGUCCUUCGAUCACGCGGUAGAAAAAGGAUUCGUGGAUAUAAAGGAAGGUAUUUAUACUGAUCCUUGCACCGGCAUUACAAUGUCUAUCGCUAAAGCUGUCGAGGAAGGAAUUCUCGAUACCUCAUCUACCAAGAAUGAAUCUGUAUCACCUAGAAAAUCCAAUAACAGUUUGACCGUGUUAGAGGCAGUCGAGCAGAUUUACGAUAAAGAAACCGGAAUGUUUAAAGAUCCUGAGACGAAUAAAUUUUACAACUUGAGGGAAGCAAUGGAAGUGGGUCUAAUCGAAUCCGAUUCCGUGCUUUAUAAUGUGAAAACCAAAGAAACUAUCACUACUAAAGAAGCAGUCGAGAGAGGCCUACUCGAUCCCGCCACUGGAAAAAUGGAGACCGUACGAGAUCAGAAGAAUCGUCCAAUUAGCAUAGCGGAAGCUACGAAAAUGGGUCUUUUGGCAGUCAUCGCCGCACCGAUUUUGGCUGGAAAAGCAGUAGUCGACGCAAUUUCAAGUCAAAAGUCUAAGGAAACAAAACCGAGUGUGCCCGUGACGGCGAAAUCAUCCGUCGCAUCUACAGCAAAGAAGGAACCAUUUACAGAAAUUAUUUCGGCACAAAUUCAAAUUAGCCAGAGACUUCCUCAUACUGACUCACACAAAGGGCCCAAUGAAGCGUCUAUCUCGCAAGAAAGUAAGAAAUCAAACGUGGCAAUGACACAAGAACAUUCAUCGGCACAGAGAAAGGAAUCUUUGUACACGGAAGAGAUCGAUAUUGUAGAUAUGGAAAUAGAAGAUGAUAGUAAAUUGACGACAAUCACGGACGAAGAAACGCCUAAGCAAGAUUCGAUAAUUAUUACGAAAGAAUUGACAUCUCAAGUUCUCGCGAAAUUUGGAGUAUUUGAUCCGGUGAGAGAAAAGUUUUUGGAUCCAGAGACAGGCACCGUAAUUUCCUUCAAUGAUUUAGUUUUGAAUCUAAAAGUUUUUGAUCCUGAUCGGGUGCUUGUCAAAGACCUAUCUUCCAAGAUGGACUUGUAUGUGAAAUUGCGUGAGGCGAUUCGCAGGCCUCUCAUAGACCGAAAUGUCGCUUAUAUGGUUGAUCCGAAGACUGGUAAGAAGAUACCGUUCUUUGAGGCAGUACGCUUGGGAUGGAUUAAAGAGGAAGACGAAGCAGAAAAAGAAAAACUUACAGAAUCGCCUCUGAGUUUACAGGAAGCUAUUGAUAUUGGUAUAUGUAAUCCUAUCACGGGGACUAUCCAAGAUCCUACAUCGGGACAGGCGUUGUCUAUGAGCCAGGCUAUUGACGUGGGGCUCAUCGAUCCUGAAUUGCUUAGUGUGAGAAAUCCGAUUACUGAAGAGAUCAUGCCGCUAUCCGAGGCAUUGGAAACCGAAGCUCUCGAUCUUCCUAAAGAUGUUAUUAUCAAUAUGGAAAGUAAAACAGAAAUCGACGUCGUCACAUCCGCGUUCUUGCGAGGUCUGAUUGUGCCCACUUCUCGUAAACCGAUCUCGCUGGAAGCCAUUAUCAGGAAAGGUCUUUAUGAUACCGAAAUAGGUAAAAUUCAGGAUCCCUUUACUAAACAACCGAUUGACAUCGAGGAGGGUGUUCGUAGAGGCAUUAUCGACGCUUUUAUCACUGAGAUCGAGGACACAAAGGCCGGUUCGUCCGUUUCAUUGGACGAUGCGCUGACGAUGAAUCUGAUUCUCAGCACAGGUCGUUUAUGCGACACGAGAGCAGGAGAACUUUUACCAUUAGACGUAGCGCUUAAUAAAGGUUUAAUUAUUACUACACCGUUUGUACUUUCAUUGAUCGACGCGAUCAUUCAAGAGUACUAUUCGCCAAAAACUGGCCUUGUUUUGAAUCCCAUGACAGGCGAGAAUUUAACGCUGAAGGAGGCGUUGGCUAUCGGUUAUGUAAACGGCUCUACGACAGUGAUAAAAGACGAUAGGAAAGAUAAAGUUAUUUCUCUUAACGAAGCAGAGGAAUGUAAGCUGAUAGACUUAGUAAGAGGAACAUUGAUCUAUCCACAUUCCAUGACAUUGGACAUUGCGUUUGAAAAAGGAUAUAUUUUAAGUACUGUGAAACCGUGGACGUUGCAAGAAGCUUUAGCUCUUCAAGUUUACGAUCCGAAGACCGGCAGUUUUAACAUUGAUGAUAAUAAUUAUACUUUAGAGGAGAUGAUCGAGAAGGGUUUUAUUAGCAAGGACAGUCCGUCGAUCAAGGAUCCGAGAAAUAACGAUAUCAUAUCUCUGGGUGAUGCUAUCAAACAUGGCUUUGUCAACGCGAGGACUGGCACAGCUGUUGAUCCGUGCACUAGCGUGCCUCUUUCAUUAACUGACGCAUUAGAUCGCGGCUUAAUCGUGCCAGCGAAACGCAAGAUAUCCUUACCAGACGCAGUCUUUAAAGGUUUAUACGAUCCAAAAACUGGACAAUUCACAGUACCUGACACACAAGAGAAGCUUCCUACCGAUCGCGCAAUUAAGAUGGGCGUGAUAGACACGACUACUGCGAUCGUACGAGAUUCCAAUGGUGAUGUGAUGACAUUCAAUAAGGCUAUCAAGACAUCAGUAGUCGACCCCAAAUCUGGAACAGUCAGUCAUGCCAGAGGACCGCCCGUAGACUUCCAGGAAGCGUUGGAACGCGGUCUGCUUCUUGAAACAAGAAGACCUAUGAGUUUCAGCGAGGCUAUUUCGAAGGGUAUUCUUGAUGAGAAAACUAAUAAAUUCUUAGAUCCACAGACGGGAAUUUAUUUAACAAUAUUGGAAGCCAUUCAGAAGAAUCUAAUAGAUGCUGAUUCGGUUACUGUCAAAGAUACGAGAUCCAGCAUCUGGAAAACUAUGACGUUGAUGGAAGCUAUAGAUAUGGGUUACGUAGAUGGCACUACCGGUUAUCUCAAAGAUCCUAGCAAAAGUAAUAGAAAUAUAUCUCUAAGGGAUGCCUUUGAAUCCGGCAUCAUUGUUGAUAGCAAAGCCGCCGUGUCUCUACAACGUACCAUCCACCAAGGAUUGUACGAUGAUAACACAGGCAAAAUCACCGAUCCCAGCACGGGAAGAACCGUCACGUUACAUGAAGCAAUGAGGAAAUGUAUUAUUAGCCCCACGUUGCCGUGUUAUUGGGAUAAACGUGGCGGGCGAUUGUUAUCGUUGGCGGAGACGUGUCGCGCUGGCGUGAUCGACAGACGCACCGGUAUGUGUAAAGAACUAGGCACUAGUGGUUCGGUCUCGUUAUCAGUCGCGUUACAACUCGGUCUUAUCGUCGACAUCGAGAGUAUGGGAUUCGGUCUUUAUGAGGCGUUAUUGAUGAACAUGUACGAUGUCUCAUCGGGCAAGUUUGUGCAUCCGACUAACAAUCGCAAGCUAACACUGGCCGAAUCGUGCCAAAUGGAUCUGAUAAAUCCGUUGACGUCGAUUGUCAAAUGUACCCAAUCUAACAGAUACAUCCCGUUAGCUGAGGCGAUCUCCGCCGGCAUCAUCGACGACAUUCGCGGUAUGUAUAUCAUUCGUGAAUUAGACAAAGCGAUUAAUCUGCAAGAAGCGAGGAAGAAGGGCUUCAUUGUCACAUCGAAGAUGCCUCUAUCGAUCGAGGAAAUAGUCAAUUGUCAUCUUUAUCGCGGAGACAGCGGCAAGUUCGCUGAUCCUGUCGCCAACGAGUAUCACGAUUUACUUCAAGCAAUCAAUUGUGGCCUCGUAGAUUCAGAUACUACUGCUCUGAAGGAUGCGACGACUGGACAAAUCAAAUCACUGUUGGCAGGAAUUGAGGAUGGGACGGUCGACGUGUCUCGAGGGAGAAUAUUAGAUCCUAAGACAAUGCGCGCCUUCAAUAUCGAUGUUGCCUUAGAAAGAGGUUUAUUAGUGACAAUCGAUAAAUCUCUGGCACAACAGAUGGCACAUCGAUCACCCUUGGAAGUUUCCAAAGCCGGACCUGGCGAUAGAAGCGUCAAAGAGUGCAGUCUAGAAGAAGCGAUCAAUUUUGAACUGAUUGAUCCGAAUACAUCGGUUGUGAGAGACCCCAGAACCGGUCGAUUUGUGACGACGACGAGAGCAAUAGCGGAUGGUAUCGUGGACCCAUCCGUUAAAGGCACGAUCGAAUUGAACGGCGGAAGCAAAAGAGAACCGCGUUUUGUGCGUUUUGGUGACGUCACUGUAUUCGUUAGGAAACCUAUCGCUUUCGAGGAAGCAAUCGAGAAGGAGUAUCUAUCGUUGGAAUCAGGCAAAUUCAUGGAUCCGAUCUCGAAUGAGCAAUUUACCCUGAAGGAGGCGGUCAGCCUCGGUAUCAUAGACUCUGAUUCGGCGCUAAUCAAAGACUCACAAAAAAAGAAGCUAGUAAAAUUGCCGGAAGCCUUCCGCAAAGGCAUGAUGGACGCGGAGAAGGGUAACGUAUUGGACACGGCCUCGUCCAAAUUGCACAGUUUGUCUAAGGCCCUGGAGACCGGCCUGUUGAUCACCCCGAAAAACGACGUUUCGUUUAUCGAAGCGCUGCAGUUUGGUCUUUACAAUCCGACGACAGGCGGUUUUCACGAUCCGUUCGUUGUCACUUCCGUGUUAGAUCGCAGACGUUUCACUCUGGCAGACGCAAUCGAGUCGGGUUUGAUCGAUCCGUCCACCACUGUGAUUAAAGAUCCUUUUACGGGUAAUAUCGAGAGUUUGUUAGAAGCGGUGAAUAGUGGGAAGGUAGAUUCCGUGGGAGGCAGGUUAGUCGAGGACACGGACGGCAAGAGUAUCGACUUCGUGAAGGCCUUGGAGCGGGGUUAUAUACUCGCCGCUGAAGCCAGGCAAGCGGUAGAAGAAAAAUAUAAGCUCUGUGACGAAAGCUUGACUAAGCUUUUACAAUGGAUCUCCGAAGUUGAGGACAAGCUGGCGAAUCAAGAUACCGUGAAGGAAGAUAUAGAAGAGUUGAGAAAGCAGAUAAUUAACAUGAAAGAUAUUAAAGAAGAUCUUGAGUCGCACAAUCGGCCCGUAUCAUCGUGUCUAGAUCAGAUUCGACAAGUCGUCUUGACUGGCAGCAACGUGUUGUCAAGCGAUGAAGUGUCCACAUUGGAGAAGAACGGUCGGUCUCUCAAAACUCGAUUUGACAAAGCGUUAGAUCGCACUGAUAAAUUAGUGAAACGUCUCACUGGUGCCAGAGACGAAUUGACAAAAUUCAAGAACGAACUGACGACAUUUUCAAUUUGGUUGGACAAAACCAGAUGUAUUUUGGAGGAUAAGGAACGUUCCCUGUCCGAUCUGAACAAACUAAGCAGUAGUACGGAUACGACUCGCGAUUUCAUUAGUGAUGUCAUUGCUCAUCAAGCAGAUCUGAGAUUCAUCACAAUGGCGGCACAAAAAUUUGUUGACGAGAGUAAAGAAUAUCUUCAAGUUCUCAACGAUUUCAGGACUAGCUUGCCACAAAGAUUGCCACACAAGGAGCCCACAGCUAGCCAAGAUUCGCCAGUACGAGCCGAAGUAUCCAGCGCGACAGCUCAGUACAAAGAUUUAUUAUCCCGAGCAAAUCUUCUGUCAGAUAGAUUAUCGGGCGUAGGCGGCAAACAGAGAGAUUAUCACGAUUCUCUGGAUAAGGCUAGAACGUGGUUACGGGAAGUUGAACCGAAAGUACAUAGAAUUAUCUCCGAGCCUGUCGCCGCCGAACCAAAACAAGUAGAGGACCAAUUGAGCAAAACGAAGGCGUUGAACAACGAAUUCCUCGCUAAUGAGCGUUUGGUCGAUAAUGCUAAGCACAGUGUUGAGGCUCUGCUGAAUUCUUUGGAAGGCCAAUUGACGAUCAAGGAGGCUAACGACCUCGAAGAACCGGUGAAAGCGUUAGAGGAUAAGUACAAACAGCUCAGUAAUGCUUUGGCUGAGAAAUGUCAAGAGCUUGACACGGCGCUAGUGAGAAGUCAAGGAGUGCAAGAUGCAUUAGAUAGUCUAGUUGCGUGGCUGAACAACAUUGAAAGUCAAUUUAAGUCGCUUCAACGUCCGGCAAGUUUGCAAAAGGAACGCUUAGAAGAACAGCAAAGGGAGCAACGAUUACUUCAGGCGGACUUAGAUAGCCACCGCUUGAGUGUAGAAACUAUCACGAGAAACGCUCAGGAUCUUCUUUUGAAUUCCAGCAACGUUCGCAUUGCCAAACGUAUCGAGAGCAAGUUAAAAGAUGUACAAAGCAGAUUUGAGAAACUAAUGGACAAGUCUUUGAGACGCGGUGAAUUUCUAGAUGAAAUAGCGCAAGCUCUGAACGAAUUUCUCGCGGAUGUAUCCAAGUUUGAGAGUUGGUACGCGCACAUGAUGGAAGUUCUCGACUCGAGAGAUCUGGGCAAGCUCGAUAUGUCGGAGUAUGAGGCCAAGAUGGUUCGAUUGAUAGAUAUGCGGGAAGAUCAGCGCGGAAAUUUUGAAGAUCUCAUACGUAACGGAAAGAAUUUGAUCUCCAAGAAGGAUAUAACUGAGGCCGGAGCGAUUAGAGACAAGAUCAAGGCGCUCGAAUCUCAAUGGAAAGAAUUGAACAAUCUGCUCGACGAAAAACAACGAUUGUGCAAAUCGCGGGCGGAGCAACAUACGGCAUAUGAGAAACUGCGGGAUCAGGUACUCGAAUGGCUUAUCCGUACGGAGAACAAAGUGCAAGGACUUGAACCGGUUGCCGUUGAUUUAGACAAAUUAAAGAUGCAACAGGAGGAGUUGAAACCCAUUCAAAAAGAAUAUCGUGACUACGGCAACACUGUCGAUAAAAUCAAUGAUCUCGGCAUUGCUUAUGACAGUUUGAUGAAAGAACGCGGCGAAAGUCCGACGCGUCGACGUGGCAGUACUAGCCCGACAAAGAGACCAGUACUGCGAAUGUCGCAAGACGGUCGCUCGCCGUCACCUACUAAAUCCUACGCAGUUCAAAGUCCGGUCUCUCCAGGUGGUAGCAGCGGAUUCAGCAGUCGCCGUUCGAGUCAAGAUGGUUUCCAUUUGGAAGAAUUAUCGCCGGUUCAACAGCAACUUUCAGAAAUUAAUCACAGAUACGGAUUACUUGGCGUCAGACUGUCAGAUCGCCAAACAGAAUUGGAUAAUAUUAAGGAAGAAUUGAAGAAACAUUUGGACCAUUUGAAAGUACUCUCCCAAUUCUUGGACAAGAUUCAGCGACAGUUGCCUAAAGAAAGCAUGCCUGCCACUAAAGAUGAUGCGGACAAAACAAUUAAGCAGAUAAAGAUUCUUGUCGAAGAAAUGUAUGAGAAACAGUCUCUAUUAGACAGUACUCGAACGCAAGUGCGUGAUUUAGUCAGACGCAAAAAAGGAGCAGAGGGUGUAGAUACAUUGAACGACGAGAUGGAAGAUGUUGUUAGUCGAUGGAGAUCGAUCUCGGACAAAUGCAAGGAUAGAAUUAAAUUCUUGGAAGACAUUAAAGACUUUUACGACACGUAUGAGAGUCUUGACUCCUGGCUCGGCGCUAAAGAACGUAUGUUGAGCGCUUUAGGACCCAUUUCGGCCGAUCCUCGUAUGGCCGCGAGCCAAAUGCAGCAGGUGCAAGUCUUGCGAGAAGAAUUCAGAACUCAACAGCCGCAAUCGGAUCAUCUCGUACAAGUCGGAGAAAGCAUUCUCAUUACGAUAUCCAUAGAUUCUCCGGACGGACAGAAGAUAAAUGCGCGAUUACAGAGCAUUCGGCAAAGAUGGGCGGAUCAAAUGAGAAGAUUAGACGAAAGAGCUCAGAGUUUAGGAGACGCCGCUGAUACAGGUCGCGAAUUUGACGCCAGUCUUAACCGACUACGGAAUGCUCUGCAAGGAAUUUCAGACAACUUAGACGAAUUGACUCUCGAAAAGGACCCUGAAGAACAGCUUCGUAAAAUCGAAAAUCUAGAGAGACAAUUGGAAGGUCAAAGACCGUUAUUAGCGGAUGUGGAAAUGGCCGGUGCGCAAUUGUGCGAAGUUUUGAGUGAUCCAGCAUCGAAAUCCGAGAUUCAAGGAAAACUCGCCACAGUUGGCAAGAUGUACAACAACUUACAGAAGAAGUUAGAUCACAGGAAAGCUGAAAUCGAAGGUAAUCUUCGAGAUGGAAGACAAUUCGAGGCUUCCUGCAGCAGAACUCUCGGAUGGCUCGCGGACGAACUUGGCAACAUGUCUGAAAAAUUACUGGUAUCUGCCGACAGAGAGAUUCUGCAGCAACAACUUGAUCAUCACGAACCUGUGUAUCGAAAUGUGAUGGGCAAAGAACAUGAAGUCAUAAUGUUGCUGAACAAAGGACGCGAUAUACUUGCAAGAUCGCAGAAAGCUGAAAAUCGUUCUCUCCAGCGCGAUUUGGAUAAGAUGCAGUCGCAGUGGGAUCGUUUGAAGAAGGAUACCGUCGAAAGACACACCAGAUUGCAGACUUGCGCAGAGCAUUGCAAGAAAUAUUACAAAGCCCAAGAUGUGUUUCUUCCAUGGCUUCGACAGGCCGAAGACAAAUUGGACAGUUUAAUUCCCACUUCCUUCAGGCGCAAGGACAUCGAAAAGCAGCUGAAAGAAUUAUCAUCGUUCAGAAACGAAGUAUGGAAACACUCAGGAGAAUUCGAGAAUAACAAAAUGCUUGGCGAGACAUUUGUCAGUGCUUGCGAUAUUGAUAAACAAAAUGUGAAGAACGAACUUAGUGCUAUGAAAACCAGAUGGGAUAAAUUAAAUAAUGAUUUACUAUCUAGGACACAGUCUUUGGAAGAUACCGCACGUCACUUAAUGGACUUUAAUGAAAAUUUGCGCGAUUUGCAGCAUAGUUUACAACGUUGUGAAGAUAAAUUAGCUUCGCAUGAUGCUCUUGGUGGAGCGGCUAAGGAUCCGAAACUUCUCGAUAGAAUAAAGAAUUUACGAGAGGAGACAACGAACUUGAAGAAACCUUUGCAAUGCGUGAGACAACAGGCCAACGAUCUCGUGAAUAAAGCCGGCGAACAAGGCGUUGAUGCGACACAUUUACAAGACGAAAUUGAUAAUGUUACCGAUCGUAUCAAUGACUUGCAAGCAAAAUUGGAUGACAGAUGCAACGAAUUGCAAAGCGCAGCGACGGCGGUCGCACAAUUCAAUGAUCAAGCGAAAUCAAUCAGUCAAUAUCUGUCCGCUCUCGAGAAAGAUUUAGAUUCCAUGAAAGCACCCGGUAGGGAAAUUAAGAUUGUACGAGGCCAAUUGGAAGAUACUGCCAAAAUCAUCAGCAAAAUUAAUAAACUGUACGACGAAAUCGGCGAUCUGCAGAAUCGUGGCGAACGGUUGGUCGAUUACGGUUUCGCUGCCGACGCUGUAGCAACUAGAGAUCAGGUCGACGGAUUUAAACGACAAAUUGGCAAGCUGGAUGAGCGUGCGCGUACCAGAGAAGAUGAACUCACUUCCACUUUGAACAAAUUACAAGAAUUUUAUCAAUUGCACGCCGAUGUUAUAGAAGGUAUCAGUGAUGCGAACGAACAAGUCAAAAAGUUCAAGCCUGUUGGAUCCGAAGUGGACUCGAUUAAAGCUCAGCAGGAGGACUUCCGGGCUCUUAAAGCCAAGAAGAUCGAGCCACUGGCGCAUGCUGUUGAAGAAUGUAACGCGCUCGGUCAAAGUCUAAUACAAACUGCAGGACGAGAUGUCAAUACCAGCAAUAUCGAGAAGGAUGUCGACAAGAUGAAUGAAAGAUGGAAUGAUUUGAAAGACAGGCUGAACGAGCGGGAUCGCAAAUUGGAUGUUGGAUUACUGCAAUCAGGCAAAUUCCAAGAAGCUUUGGAUGGUCUAGAAAAAUGGUUAACCGAUACGGAAGAAAUGGUUUCGAAUCAAAAACCACCAUCCUCAGAUUACAAGGUCGUGAAAGCGCAGCUGCAGGAACAGAAAUUCCUACGAAAGAUGUUGCUGGAUCGUCAAAAUUCUAUGUCAUCUUUGUACAACAUGGGACGAGAGGUAGCCGCCGAUGCUGACUCGAAGGAGCGUAAAGCCAUUGAGAAACAAUUGAACAAUCUAAUAGGUAGAUUCGAUAAUUUGACGGAAAGCGCUGCGGAGAGAAUGGAUGCUCUUGAGCAAGCUAUGGCAGUCGCAAAACGGUUCCAAGAUAAAUUGAUACCGCUUGCCAUUUGGUUAGAUAAGACGGAAAAGAAAGUGAAGGAUAUGGAAUUGGUUCCUACUGAUGAGGAAAAAAUACAGCAACGUAUCAACGAACAUGACAUACUUCACGAGGACAUUAUAUCCAAGACACCUGAUUUCAGCGAACUCACGGAGAUAGCAAGUCAAUUAAUGUCGCUCGUGGGCGAAGACGAAGCUACUACAUUGGCCGAUAAACUUCAGGACGCGGCAGAUAGAUAUGCCGCUCUGGUCGAACGAUCCGAGGCUCUCGGCAGUUUGCUGCAACGUUCGAGACAGGGUUUGCGCCAUCUGGUUCUUACCUACCAAGAUCUACAAGGGUGGAUGGAGAACAUGGAGAUCCGAUUGUCAAAAUAUCGCAUUUUGGCUGUACACACAGAGAAACUCUUGCAACAAAUGGAAGAUCUCGCGGAUCUCACAGAAGAGGUUUCGACGCGGCAAACGGAGGUUGAUAGCACCGUGGAUUCCGGUCUGGAAUUGAUGAAACAUAUCUCGAGCGACGAGGCGCUUCAACUGAAGGACAAGUUGGACUCUUUGCAACGACGAUUUAACGAUCUCGUUACGCGUGGCUCAGAUCUAUUGAAACAUGCCCAAGAGUCCUUACCGCUGGUGCAACAAUUCCACGAUAAUCACAAUCGAUUGAUGGAUUGGAUGCAGGGCGCGGAAUCCGCUCUGCAGUCGGCUGAACCUCGCGAGGAGGAGAUUAUUCGACUCGAGAUGGAAAUAUCAGAGUACAGACCCGUUUUGGACAAGAUCAAUGCAGUGGGUCCCCAACUAUGCCAAAUGUCACCAGGAGAAGGUGCCGCAACUAUCGAGGGUCUUGUAACCAGAGACAACAGACGAUUUGACGCGAUUGCUGAACAAAUUCAAAGGAAAGCAGAGAGAAUUCAGUUGAGCAAACAGCGGUCUUUGGAAGUAAUUGGCGAUAUCGACGAUUUGCUCGAUUGGUUCAGAGAAGUAGAUAAUCAACUUCGAGAAGCCGAGCCGCCUAGCAGCGAGCCAGAGAUUAUUAGAGUACAACUGAAGGAACACAAAGCACUCAACGACGAUAUAUCCAGUCAAAAGGGCAGAGUUCGAGAUGUCAUAUCGAUGGCGAAGAAGGUAAUACGUGAGAAUGCUCAACACGAAGAUACAUCUACAAUCAGAGACAAGAUGGAGGAUUUACGAGAAACAAUGGAGAUUGUAUCGAGUCUAUCAACAGACAGAUUGGGAGCUUUGGAACAAGCUUUACCGUUAGCCGAGCAUCUUCGCGACACACAUGCUGGUCUAGUCAGUUGGCUUGAAGAGGCUGAACAACAAGUCGCUAUGUUACCCAUGCCCGCUUUGCGGCCUGAUUUGAUAGUUGCGCAGCAGGACAAGAACGAGCUUCUCAUGCAAAGCAUCAACGAGCACAAACCCCUGGUGGAGAAACUUAACAAGACUGGCGAAGCUCUCAUUAAAUUGUGCAAUGAAGAGGAGGGCAUGAAGGUACAGGACAUUCUGGAAAACGACAACGCCCGCUACGCGGCAUUGAGAGCCGAACUGAGAGGUCGGCAACAGACGCUGGAACAGGCGCUACAGGAAUCCUCGCAGUUUUCCGAUAAACUAGAGGGUAUGCUGCGCGCGCUGUCUUCCACCGCCGAUCAAGUGAACGGUGCUGAACCUGUUAGCGCUCAUCCGGCUCGUCUGCGCGAUCAGAUGGAGGAGAAUGCGGCUUUGGCAGACGAUCUCGCUCAGCGAUCCGAAGCUUACGCAGCCGUCAAGAAAGCGGCCGACGAUGUGAUUAGCAAAGCCGGCAACAGGGCCGAUCCAGCAGUGAAGGAUAUCAAACGUAAACUAGAGAAACUCAACAAAUUAUGGGCCGAUGUACAGAAAGCUACGACCGAUCGCGGUCAUACUUUGGACGACACUCUGGCCAUCGCCGAAAAGUUUUGGGCCGAGCUGAAUGGGGUUAUGGCCACCCUGAGAGAACUGCAAGAUGCACUUGCUGGACAGGCACCACCGGCAGCUCAACCGGCCGCCAUCGAACAACAGCAAGUGGCGUUGCAGGAAAUCAGGCAAGAGAUCGACCAGACCAAGCCGGACGUUGAGCAAGUCAGAGCAUCGGGACACGAAUUGAUGGGCUUGUGCGGCGAGCCAGAUAAACCUGAAGUACGAAAACACAUUGAAGAUUUAGAUCAGGCUUGGGACAAUGUCACCGCUCUGUAUGCCAGACGUGAAGAGAAUCUGAUCGAUGCCAUGGAGAAGGCGAUGGAGUUCCACGAGACGCUGCAGAAUCUGUUAGAGUUCUUGAAAGAAGCCGAGGUUAGAUUCGGAAACAUGGGCCCGCUCGGCAGUGACAUCGACGAGGUGAAGAAGCAAAUUAAGCAGCUGGCUAACUUCAAGGCCGAAGUGGAUCCGCAUAUGGUGAAAGUCGAGGCGUUGAACAGGAGUCUGACAAGACAAGCGGCCGAAUUAACGGAAAGAACCUCUUCCGAACAAGCAGCAGCCAUCAAGGAACCGCUUGGUGACGUGAACAAGCGGUGGGACGGACUAUUGAGAGGUUUGGUGGAGAGGCAACGAUUACUGGAGAACGCAUUAUUGCGACUCGGCCAAUUCCAGCACGCUUUGGAUGAGUUGUUGGUAUGGAUCGAAAAAACCGACACAACUUUAGAUAAUCUCAGGCCGGUAGCAGGCGACCCGCAAGUGAUCGAGGUUGAGUUGGCCAAGUUGAAAGUUCUAGUAAAUGACAUACAGGCUCAUCAGACCAGCGUUGACACUCUGAAUGAUGCUGGACGUCAAUUAAUCGAGGAUGGCAAAGGUACUGCGGAAGCGUCCACUACGGCAGACAAGUUAGGCACGCUGAAUCGCCGUUGGCGAGAUCUAUUGCAACGUGCCGCUGAUCGCCAGCGAGAAUUGGAGGAUGCCUUACGAGAGGCGCAAUCCUUUACCGCCGAGAUACAGGAUCUACUUUCGUGGCUGGGCGAUGUUGAUAGCAUGAUAGUAGCUUCCAAGCCCGUUGGUGGAUUACCCGAGACGGCAUCCGAACAACUGGAGCGUUUCAUGGAAGUAUACAACGAGUUGGAGCAAAACCGUCCGAAAGUCGAGACGGUGCUGCAACAGGGACAAGAGUACCUAAAGAAAGCGGAUACGACCAGCGCCGGUGGAUUGAACCACAAUCUGCGAACGUUGAAACAGAAAUGGGAUAACGUGCUUGCGCGCGCCAGCGACAAGAAGAUAAAAUUGGAAAUUGCCCUGAAGGAAGCUACUGAGUUCCACGACGCAUUACAAGCUUUCGUCGAUUGGUUGACCAACGCUGAAAAGAUUUUGACAAACCUCAAACCCGUCUCGAGGGUCAUGGAGACCAUACUUCAACAAAUCGAGGAACAUAAAGCGUUCCAGAAGGAUGUUGGCGUUCAUCGUGAGACCAUGUUGAAUCUUGACAAAAAGGGCACUCAUCUCAAAUACUUUUCUCAAAAACAGGACGUGAUUCUUAUAAGGAACUUGCUUGUCAGCGUGCAACACAGAUGGGAACGUGUGGUCUCCAAGUCGGCCGAAAGAACGAGGGCUUUGGAUCAUGGUUAUAAGGAAGCUAGAGAGUUCCAUGACAGCUGGUCAAACUUGAUGUAUUGGUUAGAUGAAACCGAGAAGACAUUGGACGAAGUCGCUGCUGACGGACUUGGCGGCAACGAUCCGGAUAAGAUUAAAUCGCGCCUCAACAGACACCGUGAGAUACAAAAGGCGCUGAGUGCUAAGCAAAAUACAUACGAUACCACUAUGAAGAACGGCAAAACGUUGAAGGAUAAAGCACCGAAGACCGACGAGCCUGCUUUGAGGGAACUUUUGAACGAGUUGAAGAACAAGUGGAUCACGGUCUGCGGUAAAUGCGUGGAUCGACAGAGGAAACUGGAAGAAGCUCUGCUAUUCUCCGGACAGUUCAAGGACGCGAUUCAAGCACUGCUGGAGUGGCUGAGCAAGACUGAGAAAUACUUAGCCAGCACCGGACCGCUACACGGCGAUCUGGACACGGUGACCAAUUUAAUGGAGCAGCAUAAAGCUUUUGAGAGAGAUCUGGAAUCUCGUGCCUCGCAAAUGGAGUCUGUUAUUAAGACCGGUCGCGAGUUAGAAUCUAAGGCCUCCAUUGAGGAUGCGUCGAUGAUCCGAUCGCAGUUGUCCGAAUUGAACAGUCUCUGGGACAGAGUGACCAGUCUCUCGUCGAAGAAGUCCUUGCAACUGGAAGAAGCCCUCAGGGAGGCUGAACGACUUCAUAAAGCCGUGCACGUGUUGUUAGAAUGGUUGAGCGAUGCAGAGAUGAAGUUGCGAUUCGCCGGACCACUGCCGGAGGAUGAGCAAGAGAGCAGGAACCAGCUGAUGGAACACCAGAGAUUCCUCCGCGAGUUACAAUCUAAAGAAAUUGAGAAGGACCACACAUUAGAAUUGGCUCAUAUUAUUCUCGGAAAGGCGCAUCCCGAUGGUGCCGCCGUUAUCAAACACUGGAUUACGAUUAUUCAAUCUAGGUGGGAAGAAGUGGCGACAUGGGCCUACCAAAGGAAUCAAAGACUGGAGAACCAUAUGCAGGGAUUGCAAGAUCUUGAUAAUCUUCUCGAGGAGCUAUUAGCUUGGCUCGAAGGUUUGGAGAACACUUUGAACGCCUUGGAGACGGAACCGUUGCCCGACGACAGGGCUACGCUUGAAAUGCUUAUCGCAGAUCACAGAGAGUUUAUGGAGAACACCAGUCGAAGGCAAAACGAGGUCGAUCGCGUAUGCAAGGCCCGACAAAUUAAGUCGAUUAAGGAUGCGAGAAAAAUAUCGAAAGUUAGAUCGCCUGCGCCUACUAAGGAUCUCUAUCAGGAUAGCGAGCAUGAGCAGCCUCAACCACGUAAACAAAGCCGAGGCAGCCCAGGUCGUGACAGAACACCAGAUCUUUCAUUGCCACACAUCGGUCCACGCUUCCCGCCAAAAGGAAGCAAAGGAGCCGAACCGGAAUUCCGUAGUCCACGAGUUAAGCUGCUCUGGGAUAAGUGGCGUCAUGUUUGGAUGCUGGCGUGGGAACGACAACGUCGUUUGCAAGACAAGUACAAUUAUAUACAGGAGUUGGAUCGUGUUGCUAACUUUAGCUGGGAAGAUUGGCGCAAACGGUUCCUGAAAUUUAUGAAUCACAAGAAAUCCAGACUGACUGAUUUAUUCAGGAAGAUGGACAAAAACAACGAUGGACUUAUUCCGAGAGAGGACUUCAUUCAAGGAAUUAUGAACACGAAAUUCGAGACCUCUCGUCUCGAGAUGGGUGCCGUUGCUGAUCUCUUCGAUCGUCAUGGCGAGGGCUUGAUAGAUUGGAAAGAGUUCAUCGCCGCUCUGCGACCCGACUGGGAGGAACGACGAACCUAUAACGACACAGACAAGAUACACGACGAAGUUAAGCGACUAGUUAUGCUGUGCACAUGUCGCCAGAAGUUCCGCGUUUUCCAAGUUGGCGAAGGGAAAUAUAGGUUUGGUGACAGCCAGAAGCUACGAUUGGUUCGAAUCCUACGUUCCACUGUCAUGGUACGUGUCGGUGGAGGCUGGGUAGCACUAGAUGAAUUUCUUUUGAAGAACGAUCCCUGCCGCGUUUUUCUAAUGCCAAUACCGGAUCCUAACAAACCGGAACAACAUGAGGGUUGGUGUCCGCUCGCCAAGGGAAGAACGAAUAUUGAGCUGCGGGAGCAAUUCAUACUGGCGGACGGCGUUAGCCAGACCAUGACGGCCUUCCGGUCCAAACCAAGUCCAACUUCGACGCUGCAGCGUACUCAAAUGUCCUCCGCCAAUGCUGGACCGAUCACCAAGGUGAGAGAACGCAGCGCUCGCAGCGUACCUAUGGGUCAAUCGCGAGCCUCGCGCUCAUCCUUGAGCGCCGGCACGCCGGACAGCCUUAGUGACAACGAAAGUUCCUUCAAGAUAUCUGCUAGGAAAAGCAGUACGCCUUAUAGAUCCGCCGUGACGCCCGGUGGUAGCCGUCCAUCUAGCAGGCCAGCCUCAAGACCUGCCUCCCGACCUGCUAGCAGACCGAGUAGCCGACCCGCGUCGAGACAAGGAAGCAAGCCACCCAGUCGAUAUGGUUCAACGCAGUCGUUGGAUGAUGAUUCGUGCACUCCGAGUCGCAUUCCGCGAAGGACCAUCCUGGGUGGCAAUACACCGACAUCCAGUAGACAUAACAGUAUAUCCGGUAGGAAACUUACGACCCCGGUGAACGGUUCGAGUUCGCGACCCCGUACCCCGACAGGAUUGAUUAGUCCCGCCAGCGGGGUGCCCUCCAGGUUUGGCUCAAUCCAUAGAGCUUCGAGCAUUCCAACCCUGACUGGUGUCGGAACACCUAUCAGCCGCUCUAGGAUACCCGUGUAUGUGGGGGUGGAUAUAAAAUCUCCUCAGUCGACCACCAGCAAUAUGUCGACUCAAAGCAACCAUUCUACAAUUUCUACCGAUUCCACUGGGAGCAGCUCUGUGUGUACAAAUUCAGCAACUAAUAUACCAACAGCCAUUAAACAAGCUAGGGUACGUACACCGUCCAGUGGAUCCAGCACGCCGCUACCGCCGUCCUCGAAAUUAUCGAGGAAGCCCUCAGGAGCUUCCGACACAUCCGUGUCGGGAACGACCCCGAGUACACGAAAGGGAAAACCCACGCCGAUCGAACAACGCGCGCCGUUUCGAUUAUAAGCUUAUUAACGAAUACACAUAGCUUAUAAAAAUCUGCGUAUUAUACAUAUAUACAUAUAUAUAUUGUAUGCCUGAGCGCGAAAGUUAUAUAAAUAUAAAACAUCCCCGUCGCAAAUUUAUAACGAUGACCGCAUGGUAUUACAGGGAACACGAAUAGUUAUUGUGUACGAUGAGAGAGGAUAAUGUGUGUGUAAUAUAUAAAUGCCAAAUUUGACUUGAUCAAAAUUUCAUAGGCAAAUGACGAUAUCUAGAAAUUACGAUAUGAUCUUUGCAUUUCGUUGAAUUUUACCAAGUACCGAAUGCCAUUAAAAUUAUACGAAUAUAUCAAUGAGUAUUUGAUACUCUCUUAGGUGGUAAGGGGAAUUACAGACAGUUUUGAGGAAAUGUAUUUAUUUUGUGCCCGCGUUACAUAGAGAAAGUGCUUAAAGCGUAUAUCUAGUUAUAAUAAUCCAUAACAGUGACAUAUAAAUAAUUGUUACAAAUACCUAAAGCUUGGUAUUACCAAAAGUGCAGGGUAAUGCUCUAUAACUGAAAAUGUUUAGGCGAGAUACAACAAUAUCUCUGCCGAUUUUCUCGAUAAGGACAAUACUAUACUGAAAAGAUUUUAACGUAAAAAAAAAAAAAAAAAGAAAUCAGCGAUAUAUAUGUAUUAUAAUUACGCUUAUUGUGUUUUUGAAGUAUAUUUAGUUGCCUGUAACUACUUUUAUAAUGUAGCAUAGUUUGCUCAUUUGUCGCACGCAUACCUUUGCGUGUUUUAUAUGUCGUGUAAACCAUCGAGAGUUUUUCUCGAUAAGAUUUUUGACUUCUGAUAUUGAGCAAAUUGUACACUUGAAGAUAUUAAUUUAUUCAAUAUUUUUGCUUGACUUAUAUAUUUGCGUGGGUUAUACGACGUAAUUAACGUCUAAUGCGCAUUUGUUAAAAAACAAAAAUAAACUGUAUUUGCGCGUUUUUUUAGCUUAUGAUACAUAGAUUAUGAUUCGACAUUUAUUUUUGUUAUCCGUUUCGCAAAUGGAAUCGUAAAUGUUGGUUCAGUGGUAUAUAUUUUCGUUAAAUAAGAUUAAGCAUAAUUUUUUUGUUUUUUUUUUUUAUAUUAUAUAUACGACAAUAGAGAGAGAACCAUUAAUUUUUUAAGCUAUGAAUUUUGAAUGAUCAUAAAAUUUUGUUUGAGAUUAAUAUAUUGCUUUGAGAAAUAUUUUAACGUAUUUAUGUUCUUGCGAAACGGAAUAUCUCAUGGUUUUGUAAAAAAAACUAUGACAGUAAUCAAAUCUAAUUUAUGAUUACGCAUAAGUUUAAUCCUUGAGCGAUUGCAUCUAAAAAGUGCGAUUCUUUAUAAUAAUUCGAAAUUAUUCUCUUAAAUAAAUUUUUUAUUGUCAAUUUUUAUGCUUGUUUUUCGAGCAUUGUAAUACAUAAUUAUAAUCGAAAUGAUAUAAUAUUACAUUAUAAAAUAUUGCUUAAAUAAUAAAUUUUGAUGGCGGAUGUUAAAUAAUAAAGUUGAGUGAUAAGUGUGUCACUUAUGCAUCCGCUCCAGGAUUAACUUACGAUCCGCUUUUGUUACAUGUUUGCGAAUCGAUUUAUUAAUGAUUAAUAAUGAAAAAUAAUUGUUAUAUAAUUAUAAUUAUAUAUAAGAUAUAUAAUUUAAUUAUAUAUAGUUAUAUAAUUUAAUUAUACAAUAAUUAUUAAUGAUUAUAAUAUAUCGAUUAAUGCGCGAGAGAUCUAAGAGUUCGAAAGAACAUACUUAACAGCGUUAAGAUACUAAAAAAAGAUAAAAUUGUGUGAAUAUAUAGCUAAGUAAAAUAUAUUCCGUUGCGCGAAGUGGCCUGUUAGGUGACGGGUAAAAAAAAGAGAAACUCUGAAAAAAGACAUUUCCAUUUUUUUUUACAUGUAUAUUUUUAGAUGCGAUUAAUAUAACGAGAUAUGACUCGCUCUGCCUCUUAUAAAUAUUACGUAAAUGCGAUUAAUCUUAUUAACAACUUCUCAAGGUACGAUUUUUGUUUCUUUUCCACAUACCGAGAAGUGCUGUAUCGACGCUAAUAAUAAUGAUAAUAAUAAUAAUGCAGUAACGUAAAGUAAAGAAAAAUAUAACAGGUACACGCACACACAUGACAUAUUUCAAUGAAGACUCUCGACCCGUUUCUUUUCUAUUUCUCAUUUCCUAAAAGCAAGUGUUGAACACCAUGUAAAAAUGUAUAUAUGAUAUUUUAAUGCGUGCGCGCAUAUUUUUUUCAAGUUUUAUUUUCUAAUUCAAGUCGCGGAUGCUGUCGUCAGGAUACGAAUUCCGUCAUUAAUUACAUGUCGAUUCUUACAUCGAGCAUUGCUACUUUAGCUACAUAGCAGAAUUUUGCGAGAACUGAUAAGGUUUUUCCAAACGAGGAUAACGUGCCAAUUUAAUUCUUUUAAUGUUAACUGGCAGAUGCAAUGUAUAGUAUAUCAAGCAGAAACAUUUCGGGAGGAUCUGGUGGAUGAGACGACAGCUUUGUGCAUGCUUCGCUAAUAAGGCUUACCAAGUAUCUCCUUGCGGUGCUCCUGUGACUUGCAGACAUAUAAUUUAUAGGAAGCUACAUCUCUAUGUCUAAACGAAUUUUGUGCAGUUUUUACAACACUCUGAAUUUACAUUUUUGACAUGCGUAAAAACACUCCUCUAUUGUAAUGCUAACCGUUGUAAUCGGUGGUAUAUGUUUUUACUGAAUGCUGGGACGAGACACGAAAUGUUGGUGGUACGUGUAAGAGAGAAAUCACUGUCAAAAAAUGUGUAAAGUAUCAAAAUAGUGUUUAUCACAUACAGUUUUACAUUGUCUGUGUGUUCCCCCACAUUCUUCCUUUCUCCUUUUUUAAUCGGCCUUAGAUUUGGAGUUUUUGGUAAUAGGUAUGAUAUAGCAAUCGGCGAUAAACAUUUCCAUAGGUUUUGGAAUUUUUUGAUAAUACACAAAAUAGAUGUCUAGAGAUGUAAGUAAUAUAUUUUAAGUUUAAAAAAGUAUAACGAUAUAAUAGUUAAAAAAAAAAGAUAGACCGCGCUUGCAUAGUCGUUUUAUUAUUAAUGGCUCAGAGAUCUUGCCAUUCUUCAUUAGAUUUAGCUUUGGUGAACAUUUUAAUUCUUCAUAUCUAUGAAGAAACGUAACAUUUCCAUAUAUGAUGGAGUCACCGCAUCCACAUCAGCGAUCGAACCAUGAACAUAAGAAAUAACUGGAUCGGCUGUAAUCCAUGCGGUGUGUACUAAGCCAACAGGGGAAAUAUUAGAUAAUAUAUUAAUACGGAAAAAAACGGGUGAGAAACUUAUAAUAUUGUAAUAAUAAAUUCAAAAUAUUUUGUGGAUUAUAGUCUAGCGUAAAUAUAUAUAUGAACUAGUAUGAAGUGUGUAAAAACAAUAAAGGGAGAUUUAUAAUAAAUAAAAUGUUUUUGGAAUAUUACA